AUGGCAGCCUCAUUCCUUUCCAUCGUCUCCUACCUAUUUGGCUGGAUUUAUACGCUCUGCUGGUCGCUCUCCUUCUACCCUCAGCCUAUCCUCAACUUCCGCCGACGUUCCACGACAGGCACAACGGUCGACUUUCCCACCAUCAACGUGCUGGGCUUCAUUGCCUACCUCGUAUCCAACGCCGCAUUCCUGUAUUCGCCGAGGAUUCGGCAAGAAUAUGCUCUGCGAAAUCACGGGCUGACACCGACGGUUCAGUUCAAUGAUUUGACGUUCGCAGCGCAUGCCGUAGUCUUGAGCACCAUUACACUAUCACAAUUCGUUCCCGGACUUUGGGGAUUUGACAAGCGGGCAAAGAGACGACCGGGCUCGAGACCGAGUAAGCCGAUUCUGGGCAUAUGCUUUGGGAGCUUGACCGGCGUUGCAAUAGUGGCAUGUCUCGUUGGCUCAAGACAUGAAGAGGAUGUGAUUAAGGGAUGGGCGUGGAUUGAUGUGAUCUAUGCCGUCUCCUACGUCAAACUCGUCAUCACCCUCGUCAAAUACAUGCCCCAGGUCCUCACGAAUAGGAAUAACAAGAGCACAAAGGGCUGGUCCAUUGCACAAAUCCUACUCGAUUUUGCUGGAGGCAUUCUAUCGAUUCUGCAACUAGGCAUCGACAGCUACCUACAGGGCGACUGGUCUGGAAUAACGGGUAAUCCAGUAAAGCUGGCACUCGGAAACAUCAGUGUGUUCUUCGAUAUCAUAUUCAUCAUACAGCAUUAUUUUCUGUACCGAAAGCCGGGAAAGAGCUUGGAAGAUGGAGAGGCCGACCCUUUAUUGGAUGGUCGAAGCGAGGACUGA